CCAGCGGCGGCGUCGGCUUUUUACGGCAUUGCGGGCUGAACCACAGCCGAGGCUUCGCGAGUCUGUAGUUUAGCACCCAAGCCGACCUGCUUGCGUCUCGCGGCGAGAACGCCCCGCCGCAGCGACCCGGCAGCCGCACACAGUGACCCACACUAAAACCAUGUGGGCCAUGCGGCGCCGCUUAGACGAGGACGACGGCACGCACGAGUUCCACGCGUUGAACACGUUAUUGCUAGUGGUAGUACUGGGCCUAUGCCUACUGAGCGCGUACUUAAUAAAAAAGUACCGGUUUUACUUCAUGCCGGAGAGCUCCGCGGCUUUAUGUGUGGGACUUGUUGUGGGAGGCAUCGCUAGAUUAAUAACCCAUUCGGACGAAGAGUUGGACUUUUUAUCGUUCUCGCCAGAGUUAUUCUUCUUCUUGCUGCUACCCCCGAUUAUUUUCGAGGCGGGCUACACUUUAAGAAGAAAAAACUUCUUCCGCAACCUCGGGACGAUCACGAUGUAUGCUGUGGUUGGGACCCUCAUCAGCACCUUCGUCGUGGGCUACUUCACGUACGCGUGCGCGCGCGCGGGCAUCGUGGACGUCGACGCCACGAACCCCAUGGAAGCAUUACUGUUUGGUGCAUUGAUCUCUGCCGUGGACCCGGUAGCUACAUUAUCGAUCAUGGGCUCGCCCGAACUCAACUGCGACCCGUUGUUGUACUCGUUGGUCUUUGGCGAGAGCGUGUUAAAUGAUGCAGUAGCAAUUGUGUUGUUCCGGACCUUCUACAACUACUACGAGGAGGGCGCGGAGCUCGAUCAGUCGAAGAUCCCCGUGGCGUUAUUUGAGUUUCUCUUCGUAACCAUCGGUAGCAUACUGAUGGGCGUGGCUACGGGACUCAUAUGUUCGUACUUAUUCCGACACACGAGAAUAAGGGACUACCCAAAAUAUGAAAUCUCGCUACUGUUCUUAUUCGCCUACGGCGCCUACGCUUUGGCCGAGUCCAUAGAGCUGUCGGGCAUCAUGGCGCUAUUCUUCUGUGGUAUAGUCUUAGCCCACUACAACUCCUACAACCUGUCCAAAACCAGUCAGACGACGGCGGAGGAGAUCUUCGCGGCGCUGUCGACGGUGGCCGAGUCGUUUGUGUUCAUGUACAUGGGCAUGGGCUUUUUUACGGGCCGGUUCAAGACGUAUGUAGAGCGGCGUCCUUCCUUCGUCGCGUCGCGGCGACGGCGGUGGCGCGAGCGUCGCGUCGCAAGGCCGCGGCGACGCCGUCGACGCGUCGCAUUACACGCAGGUGGGACCACACUUUUGUGGUGCUGGCCAUCGUAUUUUGUUUGCUUGGGAGGAUCCUGAACGUGUUUCCGCUGUCGUUCAUGUGCAAUCUAGUCAGGAAGCAGAAGAUCCCCUGGAAGAUGCAGGUCGUGAUUUGGUUUGCUGGUUUAAGAGGCGCCAUCGCGUUCGCGCUGUCGCAGAACAUGCCCGGGCCGCACAAAGAUGUGUACGAGACCACUACCCUCUCGAUCGUCAUCUUCACGACGGUCGUCUGCGGUGGCUUGACGGAGCCGAUGCUGCGGCACGCCGGCAUGAAGCGGGGGACCGACGCCGUCUCGGAUGGGGAUGAUGAUUUACAUACGGAGCUGCUCGAAGUGGGCCAGGAGGCACCUCAACCACAACGUAGAUUAUCAAUCCCAGCACCGGGCCUGCACGCGGCCUUCCGGGAGCUGGACCAGCGCUACCUCAAGCCCUUAUUUGGGGGGCAGAUGAUGCCAGGUCCUGACACCAGUGUCCCGCACCGCGCCCCGUUGAGGCGUCCGGGCGCAGGCGUCAACGGCGACUAGGUAGUGCGCCCCUUACACUGUGUAGUUACUAAGAUCUCCUA